GUCGGUAACGAUGCAUGAAUACAAAACCUCAGCUAGUCCUGACUCGGAACAGGAGAAUAACAUAAUAUCAGUUCCAGAAACUCCUGAAAGCAAACGUCCAUCUGGGGCUGGGGCAAAGAUCGGGAGAGAAGUGGUCGUCCUGGACUCCGACUCAGACGACGCAAUCUCAGGGGUAUUAUUGACGGGGAAGGUCAAGACAGCACAAAGGUGCGUGGAGUCAGAUGUGGAGGAGGUGAUUGUAUUAUCAGAUGAGGAGGAAGAGGGUGAGCCACCAGAGGUGAAACCAGCUUCACGGCAGAGAUUCUUCCCACACAGAGGGAGGAAUAAGCCCGAGGUAGUAAGGAGCACAAGUUCUUUGGAUGCAUCUGCAGCUUCUCGUGUGAUACAUUUAGGAGAUCACGAGUCAGCCCUUAAGCGGAAGCAAAAUGGAUCCAGCGGUGGCUCCCAGGACAGUAGUGUUUUUCACAUGAUUAAAAAGAGAAGAGAUUCUGUGACAGAUGACUCUGAGGAAGAGGGGCCAGAGCCAAGCUGGAAAAAUCAGGAAGACAUGGUGAGGCGACUGCAGAGAAAAUUCCCCACCCUGGACAAGGAGGAGCUUAGGGAUGUGCUCCAGGAGCAUGACUGGCUCUUCGAAGACACUCUGGAGGCACUACGCAUGUUUUCGGAUCCAGUUGAAGACUCCAGCUUACCUGAACGUGAUCGGGAGAAAUCUAGAAACUCUGAGGACACUGAACUUUCUACCCCGUCUGAACACACAUUAGAUACAGAGUUAACUGGAGACUGUAGAAAUGCAGGAGAAAGCAGAGAGGGGAGCAUCCACGAGGGCAGGCUCUCUGGUCCUGCAACAUGGCCGACAGCUAAAGAUCCACCAUCAUCCUCCUCUGCAGUACACAAUCAACACACAGUCAAAAAGGUCAGCACAGUGAUGCCCAGGGUAUCAAAGAGAAAGAGGCGAAAGAUAAUGCCAGAACAAGACAGCAGCUCGGAGCAUGGCAGCUUGGUCAGCAGUGAAGCAGAGGAAGAGGAAUUUUCCGGAAACUCAGACUCUGACACAGAUGACAGUGUGGACUGUAAACUGAAGGCUCAGAUUCUUGGAUUCUUCCAGGAGGCAUCAGUUGACGAGAUGUCACUCAUUGCUGGAUGUUCUGUAAAGAAGGCCAAGAAGAUAGUGGAGCUGAGGCCUUUCACUACUUGGCAAGAUUUGUGUGAGUCAUUCCACAAGGGGAACGGCCUGUCCUCUGAACUGCUGUGGGGAUGCCGUGUGGUGCUGAAGGAGCGGGAGGUGGUGCUAGGCCUGAUGACCAAGUGCGAGAACAUUGGAAAAAAGAUGAUGAAGACGGUGACACAAAUCACAGAGGGAGCGCUGGGCUCCACCAAGCAGCCAGAAAUCCUGAGUAACAAGUUCCAGUUGAAGCCAUACCAGCUGAUUGGUCUGAACUGGCUGCUUAUGCUGUAUCAAAACAACCUGAAUGGUAUCCUCGCAGAUGAGAUGGGUUUGGGGAAGACCGUCCAGGCCAUCUCCUUCUUGGCCAGUCUAUACGAAGAGGCUAUUUAUGGCCCACACCUCAUCACUGUGCCUGCCUCAACCCUGGAUAACUGGGUUCUGGAGCUGAAUCAAUGGUGUCCUGUCCUAAAGGUUCUGGUCUACCGUGGGUCUUCUGAGGAGCGCAGAUACCUUCGACACACAAUUCUCAACAAGCAGGUAGACUUCAACGUAAUUGUGACCACGUACAGUUUGGCGAUUGGAACGGACAGUGACCGCAGUCUGUUUCGGAAGCUCAAGCUGCAUUAUGCCGUGUUUGACGAGGGACACAUGCUGAAGAACAUGAAUUCACUGCGUUAUCGUCACCUCAUGGCCUUCAACGCCAAACAUCGAUUGCUCCUCACCGGCACCCCUUUGCAGAACAACCUCCUGGAGCUCAUGUCUCUCCUCAACUUCAUCAUGCCCACCAUGUUCUCCAGCAGCACCUCGCAGAUCUCCAAGAUGUUCUCCAUGAAGUCCUCAGAGGAGCAGAGUACAUAUGAGAGGGAGAGGAUCGCUCAAGCCAAACUCAUACUGAAACCUUUCAUCCUGAGGCGUGUCAAGAGUGAGGUCCUGAAACAAUUGCCUGCCAAGGAAGAGCGUGUGGAGUUCUGUGCCAUGAGUGAGAAGCAGGAACUGCUCUACGCUGCCUUAUUCCAAAAGCUGAAAGGCACCACCAUGGGAGAAAAGCGGGAGCUCAGUAAUGUGAUGAUGCAGCUGAGGAAGAUGGCAAAUCACCCCCUGCUGCACCGGCAGUACUACACCACUGAGAGACUGGCAGCCAUGAGCCACCUCAUGCUUCAGGAGCCGACGCACCGUGAUGCAAACCCUGCGCUAAUCCAAGAGGACAUGGAAGUGAUGUCAGACUUUGAGCUGCACCGCCUUUGCCUGCAGUACCCUGCUCUGCACAGCUUCCAGCUUCACACUGACCUGCUGCUCGACUCUGGCAAGUUCACCUUGCUAACCCAACUGCUGGCCUCCCUCAAGGAGAAGGGUGAUCGGGUUGUGCUUUUUAGCCAAUUCACCAUGAUGCUGGACAUUGUGGAGGUUCUGCUGAAACACUUAGGCCAUUGCUAUCUGCGACUGGAUGGCUCGACGCCAGUGGCCAAUCGGAUUGUACUCAUCAACAAUUUCAACACAGAUACUGACAUCUUUGUGUUCCUGCUGUCAACAAGAUCUGGGGGCCUGGGCAUCAACCUCACCUCUGCUAAUGUGGUCAUACUACAUGACAUUGACUGCAACCCCUACAAUGACAAGCAGGCUGAGGACCGCUGCCACCGGGUUGGUCAGACCAGAACAGUUAAGGUGAUUAAGCUAAUCAGCAAGGAUUCCAUUGAGGACUGCAUGCUGCGUGUGGGCCAGAAGAAGCUCAAACUGGAGCGCGACAUGACUGCUUCUGAGGAGGGUGAGGAGGGCUCUAUGCCUGAGGACAUGGGAUCUCUGCUGAAGGCUUCUCUGGGACUGUAACUGCUCCAGACUCUCCCAGCUCCCACAGAC